CCUCGGAACCCCGGUGCUCUGUCAGAUACCGGUGCCAUCGUCACUAGUCUUAAGAUGUCGGUCUGGAGCAGAUGUAACCUCUAAGUUGUUGGUUGGUGUUUUUACUGAACCAAGAAGAUGCUUCUGUUGUUGCUGGUUCUGUCUCACGGUUCCCAGCAUGUCUCGGCAGCGGAGGUGGGCGUUGAAAUUGGGGUGGAGUCUGUCCUGCUGCCCUGUCUGGUAGAUGUCUUGGUUUCCAGAGGCUCCACACUGGUGUGGAAACGAUCGGACCUCCAACCCUCAGCUGUUCAUAUCCGUCAGCCAGCUGGAGAUUAUCUGACAGGUCAAAACCAGCGAUUCAUCAAUCGAACGUCAGUGAUGAACAACGCUCUGGUGACCGGAGACCUGAGUCUGACUCUGAGGAACCCUACAUACGCUGACAGUGGGACCUACACCUGCGUGGUUAACAGGGACAGAACACUGAGUCAAGCCGAGGUACUUCUGUAUGUCAAAGAACCUCCUCCUCCUCCUCCAGUCUGGCCUGCAUAUGUUGUUGCUGCACUGGUUGUCAUCAUAGCCCUCUUCAUUGGAGUUGGCGUCUUCUUCUGUCAGAUACAGAAGACAAAAAUGAAAAAGAGUUUUGAAGACCAACUGUUAUACACGGUGGAGGCAGAAGCAGGGCAGGACUGUGUCACACUGCCCUUCAACCUCAAAAAUCCUCGUGAUGGGGAAGUGGUGGAGUGGAGACAUGUGAGGACUGAUAGGUUGCUCUAUAAGAUUGAGAACUGCCAAGAACAGCUGGAAGAUCAGCACCCGUGGUAUAAAGAUCGAGUGAAGGGGGAUAAAAACGCACUGGAGACUGGAGACUUCAGUCUGACUCUGAUGAAGCCUCGCUACGAGGAUGGACACAUUUACAUCUGCACCGUCUACAAGGAUGGAAAAAUUAUCCAACAAAGACUAGUGGAACUCUGGUUCAAAGGUAAAGAUGUUAAACAAGUGGAGGUGGGGGCGGAGUCUGUCACACUGAACUUCAAACUCAAGCAUCCUGACUGGGAUAAAGUCGAUUGGAAGCAUGUGUGGAUUGAAAAGCUGGUCUAUACGUUUGAGAACGGCUACAAACAGCCUGGAGAUCAGCACGAGGAUUAUCGAGGUCGUGUAGAGGUGAAUCAAGGCCUACUGAAGACUGGAGACUUCAGUCUGACUCUGAGAAACCUUCAGUGGCAGGAUAGUGGCGUUUACAUCUGCACCGUCUACAAGGAUGGAGAAAUCAUCAAACAGAAAGCCGUGAACCUCUGGGUCUCAGCUAGAGAAAUAAAAGUGGAGAAGGGGGUGGAGUCUGUCAGACUGCGUUUUAAAUUCAAAAAGCUUCCUGACAGCAGUGAGGUGGAGUGGAGAAAUAUGUGGACCAAUAAGUUGGUCUGGAAGUUUGAGAACGGCCAAGAACAGCCUGGAGACCAACACCAGGACUAUCAAGGUCGUGUGGAGGUGACUAAAGACCUGCUGAGGACGGGAGACUUCAGUCUGACUCUGAAGAAGCCCGACUACAGGGAUGAAGGCGUUUACACCUGCACCGUCUACAAGGAUAAAAAAGAACUCGUCAAACAGAAAGCAUUGCACCUCUGGGUCAUAGAACAUCUCACCAUCACUGAGCGUUUAUAUCAGUUCACAGAAAAAAUUCAUCCAGCUCCUCGGCAGCCGGGAACAGCGGGUGGACCUAACAGAGAAGAGGAGGUGAAAACAUCACUGAUGCAAAACAUCGGUUCUGAGUCAGUCUGACAUCUCUGUUGGUCAGCCUGAGGACAUACGAUUCGAUUUCUAUGAUUAAUCCCUAAAAGAAGUGACUGAGUCCGUCUUCAUCUGACUGUGAUGCUGAUGCCUGUUGUCAUGGAGAUGGUGGUUUAGUUCAUUUUAAUGAUGCUCAGUUGUUUGAGCAGAUCUUGGAUCAGUUGAGGCCUUAAAUCUGAUCUCUGAUCAGCUUUCUCUUCCACCUCUUGGAGGGUGAGGUCGCUGUAUUUUUCUCCUGCCUUGUCUUCCCAAGGCUCUUUGUCUUCUCUGGAUUGCUGCUGAAAUCUGGAAAUUAUUAAAAAUAUGCAUCUGCUCAGCUGGUCUUUCAACAAGAUUGACGAGAUAGUUUUCAACAUUAAGAUCGGCGAAGUGGGCUCCUUCUUGUCUGGAUAGAAUGCACCUUGUCAGGCAUAUUUUGGACUCCUGGAAGAAGUGGAAUGUAAAAUGCCUUUCCCAGAUACCCCCAGUCCAGAUACCCAAGAUGGAUGGAUGGAUUUCCAGAUUUCUGCUUUUUGGCGUGGGCAGUUAUCUGGUAUACAGUACAGGCCAAACGUUUGGGCACACCUUCUCAUUAAAUGUGUUGUCUUUAUUUCCGGGACCUUUACAUUAUUAGAUUCUCACUGAUGGCAUCAAAUCUAUGAACACAUGAGGAGUUGUGUACUUAACCCAAAAAGGUGGAAUAACUGAAAACGCGUUUUAUUUUCUAUUGUCUUCAAAAUAGCCACCCUUUGCUCUGAUUACUGCUGAUUACACACUCUUGUUGCCAACAAGUGCUAAACACCUCUGGAACUCCCAAGACUGGUGGAAAACCAUUUCAGGUGAAUUCUGGGAGCUCAUCAAGAGAAUGCCAAGAGUGUGCAAAGCAGUAUGGUUGUCACGGUAACCGGUGUAGCUGUAAACCCUAGUAAACCCUACUGUGCAAAGCAGUAUGGUUGUCACGGUAACCGGUGUAGCGGUAAACCCUAGUAAACCCUACUGUGCAAAGCAGUAGGGUUGUCACGGUAACCGGUGUAGCGGUAAACCCUAGUAAACCCUACUGUGCAAAGCAGUAGAGUUGUCACGGUAACCGAUGUAGCGGUAAACCCUAGUAAACCCUACUGUGCAAAGCAGUAGAGUUGUCACGGUAACCGGUGUAGCGGUAAACCCUAGUAAACCCUACUGUGCAAAGCAGUAGGGUUGUCACGUUAACCGAUGUAGCGGUAAACCAUAGUAAACCCUACUGUGCAAAGCAGUAGGGUUGUCACGGUAACCGGUGUAGCGGUAAACCCUAGUAAACCCUACUGUGCAAAGCAGUAGGGUUGUCACGGUAACCGAUGUAGCUGUAAACCCUAGUAAACCCUACUGUGCAAAGCAGUAUGGUUGUCACGGUAACCGAUGUAGCUAAACCCUAGUAAACCCUACUGUGCAAAGCAGUAUGGUUGUCACGGUAACCGAUGUAGCUAAACCCUAGUAAACCCUACUGUGCAAAGCAGUAGGGUUGUCACGGUAACCGAUGUAGCUGUAAACCCUAGUAAACCCUACUGUGCAAAGCAGUAGGGUUGUCACGGUAACCGAUGUAGCUAAACCCUAGUAAACCCUACUGUGCAAAGCAGUAUGGUUGUCACGGUAACCGAUGUAGCUGUAAACCCUAGUAAACCCUACUGUGCAAAGCAGUAGGGUUGUCACGGUAACCGAUGUAGCUGUAAACCCUAGUAAACCCUACUGUGCAAAGCAGUAUGGUUGUCACGGUAACCGGUGUAGCUAAACCCUAGUAAACCCUACUGUGCAAAGCAGUAUGGUUGUCACGGUAACCGGUGUAGCUAAACCCUAGUAAACCCUACUGUGCAAAGCAGUAUGGUUGUCACGGUAACCGAUGUAGCGGUAAACCCCGGUUAAAAUGUUGACAAUAAUAAUUACAGUUUUUCUCCAAAAGUGCGGUGACCCUUACCAGCCACCGUAUCACCUGCUGAAGUUGCUGCACAUGCACACUUUGUAGUUUACAACCAAAACUGUCUUUAAGUUAACGCUGAAAUGACGGCCAAAGGAGGAGACGGCAGCGCUCAGGACAUCGAUCAGCCCUCGAAGAAGACAAAGUCAGAAGUACGGGCACUUUUUGGAUAUUUAAAGAAUGCAGAGGGAUAGUUGAUAGAAGACGGCUAUCCUGUUAGCAGCAUGUGCGGGAAAAAAGUGUCUGCGAAAGGCUGCCACACUUCAAUGUCAUGGCAUCUGUGCGACCAUCACCCACAACUCUACAGUCAAUGCAAGGCAAGCUAACGUCAGCGUUUUAGCUGAAAUACGUGAUGUGAGAGCUUUGGGUUGAGGGAGAAUGCAGCCAAUCACCCUAUAGUGCUGCCGCGGCGCCCACUGCCAGCAUAUAAACGGUGUCGCGGACGCCCCCGUGUUAAAGUGACGUUAUGCAUCACAGAGUUCCCAGGAGGCAGAUGAAAGCUGGUCGCCAAUGCAAUAAAUAGACUUGCUGCAUCAUUAUGAAUUUAACAAUUAAUGCCUGAUGACAUUUGCCCAAAUCAGCAAAUCUCACUGGAAAGACAUAAACCGAGAACAACUAUCCUGAUAUGGAGGGUUUAUUUAGUUGUCCGAAAAUAUAACACGUUUCUGCCGCUAUAAUUAGCACGUGUAAUACCCUCGAAACGACCAUCAACACAUCAUGAAAUAAUAAAUAGGAGUGGGAGAUAUAGAUUUUUAUUUUGUCCCACUGAGGGAAACGGUUUGGCCGUGCUGGGUCGAGCAGCAACCAACUACACUCAAGUAAGAGUCCAAGCAGUUACCCAGUGGUAGAGAAGUAUUUGAAUAGAAGGCUACUUGAGUACUGAGUAUCAUCUGAUCUCAUAUUUUUAAAAUGAUGACAUCAAACAAACAAAGUUAUGGGCACAUUUUUGGUAUUUUAAAGACUAAAGGGGAAAAAUAUGAACAAAUAAACAACAUAAUUACAAAAUAAACUUCAGUCAAAAAUUAGACACAAACUGAGGACAUUAUUUUCCUGGUUAUUUAACUGGUUGUUUGUUUAGUAGUCUGAAAAUGUUACACGUUUAAAAAAACUACGGCAGUAAUACCGAAAACCGUGAUCAUUUUGGUCACAAUGACCGUGAGGUGAAGUUUUCACGCCGUGACGACCCUACGAAGCAGUCAUCAGUGCAAAGGGUGACUGUGCUGCGGAGACAAGUUUCUACGCUUCAGGACGCCGAGGCAAUGACAAUAAAGUAGAUUUGAUUCUGCGUGUUUGUUACAGCUUUUAUUUAGACUCUAAUGUGUCUUUUUUACAGUAGAAACUAAAACAGCAGUUACAAACGGGGACAUUCCUGUCAAAAUUCUUUGCUCCACAGUGCGAUUCAUUCUUAAAGAUUUUAUUCUAAGUCCUGACCCAAAACGCCAGCAAGGCAUUAAAAUAAGAACAAGUUGUUAAGUAUUUUUUGUUGUUUAUCUUUUUCUUUGUUUCUGUAUUCAUGUUACUUUCUAAAAGACCAAGCUCUCUCUUUUUUCAACUCAUUAGAUGUGGACUAGAGCAGGGGUGUCAAACUCAGUUUUGCUCAGGGGCCACGUUGAGGCAAAUCUAGUCCCAAGUGGGCCAGGCCAGUAAAAUUAAAGCAUGCAUAAAUUAAAAACAGCUUCAGAUUGUUUUCUUUGUUUUAGUACGAUCAACAUAAAACAAAGCUGGAGCCUGAUGACAGUGUGUCCAAAAUAGUUUAAGCACAACAUCACUAUUAAUAAUAAAACACCUGAAGUGUAUUUGAAAACAUGAAAUACAAAACAAAAAACUCAGACUAUUCCUCAGUAAGUCAAAUAACUGAUUCCCAGAUCACAUGGCUAUAUCUGUUUCAUGCAUGUCUUUGACUCCUGAUACCUGACAUCUUUUAGCUUUCACCAGCAGUUUAAUAGAAAAAUGAAAGCUUAUUUUCAGACUGUACAUUGUAAAGUCUGAAAAUAAGGUUUACACAAUCAUCUCGCGGGCCGGAUUUAAACUGUGUGCGGGCCUGAUCCGGCCCGCGGGCCGCAUGUUUGACACCCCUGGACUAGAGUAUAGAUGAAGACCUGCCAGUGGUUCUCUGGGGAGGAAAGCUCUGGCGCUCCUGUUUCAGGAAACCCAAGUGAGCCGGAGGAGAAAAGUUCAGAACUUAGGAAUGAUUAACUACUAACUCUCUGACCUUUUACCCAGAGUUAAAUGUGACUUUUUAUUCUGACUACUUUGUUUCUAACGGGACUUGUUAGUUAACUUGUAAGUAAAUGUGUUUUUUUUACUUCACAAAGGUCGUGUGUUUUGUAAUUGCCUGGUAUGGACAAUAAUAAAGUGAUACUUUCACUUCA